ACAGGCAUACACGCUCGAACAUAGUGUUCAGCAGGAGGAAGCGGCGAGUGUCGCUUUAACAUCAUCUGCUGCUUCCCUUUCAGUCCGUUUUCACAAAUUUUAGGCAACUGGGGGCUUCGAUAAAUACCGAAUCAAGCAAUACGGACUGCUUUUGCAUCAUUUUUUCCCCCAAUAACUGAUCCGGAUAUACCCAGAUGGACAACCUCAGCCCCUCAGAAGAGAAGCCUGUCCAGCGCUCCAAGUCUUUAAGCUUUAAGCCUCAGAGAGAGAUUUGUGCGUCCUGUGAUAAGACCGUGUAUCCGAUGGAGAAACUGGUGGCCAACAACCUGAUCUUCCAUUCGACAUGCUUUUGCUGCAAACACUGCAACACCAAGCUCAGUCUGGGCACAUAUGCAGCGUUGCAGGGUGAGUUUUACUGCAAGCCGCACUUCCAGCAGCUGUUCAAGAGCAAAGGGAAUUAUGACGAGGGCUUCGGACGCAAACAGCACAAAGAGCUCUGGGCCUCCAAGGAUGCUGAGAGCAUCACCAAAUCACCAUGAUGACCUCCUCCUCGCCCUCCUCCUCUCCCCACUGACCUUCAGCGCUUUCUCACCGACUGAAUCUCAUUUUAAACCUGCCUCCCUAAAAACACACACACACACACACACACACACACACACACACACACACACACACACCAUAAACAUGAUGAAGCAGGCAUCAUUUUUAUUUUACUUUAGCUUUUAGACAAUUUUCUAUUUUUCCCCUUUUCUUUUCCUGUGUUUUUUUUUUUUUUUUUUAAACCAACUCUCUGACUAUGACCAAAACCCCCACAUUGAAACAUUCUCUUUUUUUAAAGUAAUUAUAUCAUUUUUAUAAUUCUUUUGUCAGGUACACACACUUGUAUACAAAAAAAAAAAAAAAAAGAACCACUUGCACGAAUAGAGUUUCAGGAUGUACACUCAGGUAGUGAUUCUGGGGUGUUUGAUCCAUUCCUUCUGUCGUUCUGUCCGUCUUGUUUUUCUGUAGGAGUGAGUCAGGAGUCCAAUUCGCCUCUUUCUUUCUUAUUUUAAGAUCAGCAGGGUAUUAUAUCUGUGAAAGUACAGGGUAUAUGGUACUGUAUGCAUCUCUGCUGAACAUUACAUUGCUUGUUACGUUCACGUGCUCUUUUCCUCCGUCAAACACGCACACGUGAAAUGCAGAGAAAUGAGAUUUACAAGAUGUACAAGAAUGUUGAUCGAGUUUCUCUCCAGAGACCGGUUUAACGCAUUAAAGACAGACGUCUUAAAGGGUGCUUUCAUGAACUGUUGGUCUGCAUUCAUUCAAAUGAACAACCUGGAGAUCACCGAGACAGAGCUCAAUAAGGGAUUAGCUGAUUCUAUAUAAACAAAAACGUUUAAAAACAUCUCCUAGUACUAUCUCAUGGGCCAUGGGUUGUAGAGGGAAGUUGCAACAUCUCCCGGCACCGUCUCGUGUUCAUGGCUUUGGCAUGUGUAGGGAAUUUAGCAUUUCUCAGCACGUUCUCAUGUCCAGGAACGUAAAGACAAUUUCCAGCAUUUCCAAGUACUAGGUUUUGUUUAAGGCCAUGGCAUGUAAAGGGUAUGUGCAACAUCUCCCAAUACUAUCUCAUGUUCAGAGCAAUGGCGCAUAGAGGGAAUUUUCUAAUUCUCCAUUACCAUGCCAUCUCAUGUUCAGAGCAAUGGCACAUAGCAGAAAUUUGAGACAUCUCCCAUUACUAUCUAAUGUUUACAGCCAUGGAAUGUAGCAGAAAUUUGCAUGUUCCACUACUAUCUCAUGUUCAGAGUCUGGACAUGUAAUGAGGAUUUGCAACAUCUCCCAGUACUAUCUUAUGUUCAUGGCACAUAAAGGCAAUUUCCAAUGUCUCUUAGUUCUAUCUCACAUUCAGGGCCAUGGCACGUAGAGGGAAUCUGCAACAUUUCCCAGUACUAUCUCAUGUUUACAGCCAUGGCAUGUAGCAGGAAUUUACAUCUUCCUCCACUCUCUCAUGUUCAGGGUCGACACACAGCAGGAUUUUGAGACAUCCUCAGUACUAUUGUGUGUUUACAGCCAUGGCAUUUAGAAGAAUCUUGCAUGUUCCACUACUAUCUCAUGUUGAGAGCCUUGACAUGUAAGGGGGAUUUGCAACAUUUCCCAGUACUAUCUCAUGUUCAUGGCACAUCAAAGGAAUUUGAGACAUCUCCCUGUACCUUAUUUUUACAGCCACUGCAUGUAGCAGGAAUUGACAUCUUCCACUAAUGUUCAGAGCCAUGGUAUGUAGAUGGAAUUUGCAACAUCUCCCCGUACUAUCUCAUGUUCUCCUACCACCUCCUUGGACACUUCUAAGCCUAAUUCCUGCGAGCUGGCCUGCACUAAGAGGACAAAAUACGAGUUUCAAUUCUAACAGACUGAUCGAAUGUUGCAGACGACGAAAUGCAGAUGUGAAAGCCCCCUUGGUUACCUCUCUGUGAUAUCACCUCAUUCACUAAAGCACUUCACACACAUUUCAAACCGUUUUCACGUCCAUUGCCUUUUUUUUUUUUAAUUGAUUGAAUUUUGAGAAUGUUAAACAAAUACUUUUUAACCUGCAAUGUUUUUACUGUUUUUAAAGUUCCUGUUUUAUUGCUAACCUCUGCUCCGGCAUCUGCACAAGUCACUGAUCGGUACCCGCGUUGUGAAUGUAUUGUACUUUGCCAAAGCGGCUGAGCAAAGAGGGUUAGCGAGUUCGAGUUUCUGCGAAUGUGCGAAACGCCGUUGCAGCUCAUCGCAUCAUUACCUUCCCCUCCCUCUGCAACUUCCUGUCGUUUCAUUGUUCUAUCUGCUUCCUGUGAGCUGCUUUGUGGCUUCGAAAGGAUCGACUCGGGUCUUCUGUAGAGUAAACUAGCGACCGCUCAGCGUCAUUCAGGAAUGUGCACGGGUCAUGACUGUUUCGUCCAGCGUUUUCAUCUCUGUACUGUGAUAGCGGCUCAACCUUCCCAUAGGUUGUGACCUGUAACCUUUUGUAUAUAUCGCCUGUAAUCCUGUAAUGGCGUUUAGCCGGUUAAAAUACGCCCUUGUGUCACGGACGUGAAAUGGAGAAGCCUUUUUUUCCUGAGGCUUUUACAUGUUCUGUCUAGUAACUGCUAAACACCUGUAAUAUACCUGUCUAUCAUUUUAUCUUGCAUGAUACAAUCACUAAUAACCACAUUACAGCAAGUUUACUAUCUUGGGUUCAGGGUUUCUGUGAUAUUAGAGGGUAUAAGUUCCAAGGCCAUGGCAUGUAAAGGGAAUCUGCCGUAUCUCCCAGUACUAUCUCGUGUUCAGGGCAAUGGCAAUUAGUGGGAAUUUGCAAUAUCUCCCAGUACUAUCUCGUGUUAAAGGCAAUGGCAUGUAGAGGUAAUUUGCAUCGUCUCCCGGUACUAUCUUGUGUUCAGGGCCAUGAUUCCUAAAGGGAAUUUGCAAUGUCUCCCAGGACCAUCUCAUGCUCAAGGCCAUGCAUUGCAUGUAGAGGGAAUUGGCAACAUCUUCCAGGACCAUCUCCUCUUUAUGGCCGUGGCAUGUACAAGAAAUUUGCAACAUCUCCCGGUACGCUCUCAUGUUUACGGCCAUGGCAACUAGCAGGAUGUUGCAGCAUCUCCCAGUACUAUCUUGUUUACGACCCUGGUGUUUAGAGUGAAUUCCUAAUACAAGUCCCUGGCGUAACAGUAGCACUGACAGAAAGCCCCAUCUGGUGGUGGGAGAGCAGAUGGCAAAUCAGCUCCAUGAACGAGAGUCAUUUUUCUUUUUUGCGUUCUAUCUGCAUGUUUUGUCUGGUCAUCAGCUUUGUUGUUUUGUAGUCGGUCCAGUUAUUAAAUUGCUCUUGGAAAGGCCCGUUGAGAGGUUGAGAAAAACGCCACUGGAAUGACACAGAAGAACCCCUUUUUUUUUCUUUCUUAUCGCACAUGUUUAAGAUUACUGUGAAACUGAAGGCGCUGUGAGUUUUAAAAAAACUUCAAAAGCUCUCGCCGUGAGGCAGAACAAUAUUUUCGUAAGUGUUGAAAUAUGAAUAAAAUAAUAAUAACCUUUUAUCCAUUUCAAAUCUUUACCCAAAGCCGCCUCCUUCUUUUCAAGAGUUCAGAUUUCAAUCUGAGCCCCCCCACCCAAUCCUAAUGCUUUAUUUCGAAUGUAGAAUGUUGAUAUUUUUUACAGGGCUAUAAGAUACAAAACCACACAAUAUCAAAGUGUUUGUUUUACCUCUUUCUCUUUUCAGUGACUUUGGGGAAAUUGGGGAGGGGAAGGGUACAAACUGUUGUCUUUGCCUGAUCGUACUUGUGUCUGUGGAUGUUACUUGAUGUUUGCCUUAUUUAAAGUAGUGCAAAAAAACAAAAACGUAGAUGAUGCUUGGCAUGUGUUGUGAGUGGAGACCGUGUGUGAACACAAAAUGGAGUAGUCUUCAUUUCAGAUCUGGACUGAACAUGGUGGCCUUAAAUUGGCAGCAAGUUUUUUUUUGGUUCCCUCUUUUCGCAUCGCUAUUCUUCCCAAAGUGUCUGUCAGGUCUGGAUUCUUUCCUUCACCUGCGAGACGCCACAUACCUGAAAUCUUGAGCACCGUUUUUUUUUUUUUUAAUGAAAGCAUUUUUAAAAUGCCAGUAUAAACUGUGAGGUCUUACUGUUUCCCCUUUCUCUGUGUGCUGUACUCCCUUUUCUUUCCCUUUUUUUAUUUCUCGUUUUUGUACGUGCUUUUGAAAGAAAAUUAAUAAAAAACAUCCUGGUGUUGA